AUGUACUCGAAUCAGCAGAACGGGUCUGGGCUGUUCUACCAGCAACAGCAGCAACAGCAACAGCAACAGCAGCAGCAACAGGCUGCGUUGUAUCAACAACAACAGCAACAGCAGCACGAACAACAGUUUUAUGAUAAACAACAACAACAACAGUAUAAUCGAUUCUACAAACAACCUGCCCAACAUAGUGCUCACUCGCUGGCGUCGAGUUCGUCGCAGAAUGGAGCAUCGCAACAGCCACAAUCUCAACAGCAACAGAUUCCACAGCCUCCACCUCCUUUUCUGCAAUUACCAACUCCAAGUCAAGCGUCUCUUCUCGCUAGUCAGAGAGUGACCGCCAACUCACCAAAUUCAGGGGCUGGUCCUCAGUUUGGCUCGCAGCAGUCGUCUCCCACCCAGCAUUUUGACCAGGUAGAUUUCUCACAACAGCAGCAGCAGCAACAACAACAGCAGUUGCAGUAUCAGCAGCAGUUACAUGCCCAACAACAGCAGUAUCUUCAGCAGCAACAGUAUCUCCAACAGCAGCAGCAGCAGCAUCUCCAACAGUCGCAACAACAGCAGCUUCAGCAGACUCAGCAACAACAACUAUUACAACACCAACAACAGCAGCAACAACAGCAACAGCCUCAAAUAACUCAACCUCCACAUGUUCAUUAUGCCUCAAAUGUUGGACAGCAACAACAGCAGUUCCAGCAACAGCACAUGCAACAGGCGAAUAAUGGAGGCUCUCCAUCAGCUACAUCUCCUAGUUUGACCUCUGACUACGUCGUCUUUGAAAGACAUCCUGAACAGUUUUCACGGGCUACUCAGGAGAAAGCGGCUGCUAUUAAACUGCGAGUUGAGCAUUUCUUCAACAUUAAUGUCAAUCAUGCUAUAGAGCGGAACCAGCGUCGAGUCCAGACAGAACAGUCUCUUGCCAGAGACCGUGGGUCUGAAGAGCGGAAAAACCGUACUCUGACCUCACUCGGCAAAAAAGAGUCGUCUUUCUUGCGUCUUCGUAGAACCCGUUUGUCUCUAAAUGACUUUACCACUGUCAAGGUUAUUGGUAAAGGAGCAUUUGGUGAAGUGCGACUCGUUCAGAAGAAAGAUACUGGUAAAAUCUAUGCUAUGAAGACGUUACUCAAAGAGGAAAUGUAUAAAAAGGACCAGCUGGCCCAUGUCAAGGCGGAAAGAGAUGUCCUGGCAGGAUCAGAUUCUGCAUGGGUGGUAUCUCUUUACUACUCAUUUCAAGACAGUCAGUACCUGUAUCUGAUUAUGGAAUUUCUACCAGGAGGAGAUCUCAUGACAAUGCUGAUUAAGUACGAUACGUUUACAGAAGAUAUCACGAGAUUCUACAUUGCCGAGUGUGUAUUAGCUAUUGAGACAAUUCACAAGCUUGGAUUUAUCCAUCGUGAUAUCAAGCCAGAUAACAUUCUUAUUGACAAGUCUGGUCACAUCAAAAUAUCCGACUUUGGUCUGUCUACUGGGUUCCACAAGACUCAUGACAGCAACUACUAUCGCAAGCUGCUUGAAAAUAAAGACGCCAAUGGUAAUCCUACUGCCCCAGCUGCACCUACAGGAGCUGCUCGUAAUAGUAUGAUGGUCGAUGCCAUCCACUUGACCAUUUCGAAUCGACAACAGAUAUCGACCUGGAGAAAGUCGCGUCGUCUUAUGGCAUAUUCGACAGUUGGAACUCCCGACUACAUUGCUCCCGAGAUUUUUAUCCACCAGGGCUACGGUCAAGAAUGCGACUGGUGGUCGCUAGGAGCUAUUAUGUUUGAAUGUCUUGUCGGAUGGCCACCAUUCUGUUCUGAAACGCCCCAAGAGACCUAUCGCAAGAUUCUCAACUGGCAAGAGACCCUUCAAUUCCCGGACGAUAUUCAUCUAUCACCGGAGUCCGAAGAUCUGAUUCGACGACUGCUCGUGUCUGCUGAACACCGAUUAGGAAGACACGGCGGAGCUGACGAUAUCAAAGCACAUCCAUUUUUUCGUGGUGUUGACUGGGAUUCGAUCCGCGACUUCUCAGCACCAUUCAUCCCCCAACUGUCGUCAGUCACCGAUACCUCGUACUUCCCAAUCGAAGACCUCGAGCAAAUCCCCGAUUCACCAGCCAUGGCGCGAGCUCAACAACAACAGCAACAGCAGCAACAACAGGCCAAUGCCGACCCCUCGGGCGCCAAAAAAGAUAUCCGCGAAGACCUGCCCUUCAUCGGCUAUACCUUCUCGCGCUUCGACUACCUCACCAAAAAGAACGUGCUCUAA